GGGAGGCAGCUGGUGAUUCGAAUUUAGAGUCGAAAGUGGCGCCCACUCCUAAAUCCGGCGCGGGACAUCUGUCCGACGCCAGCGCCAAACUUCAGCCGAAGGCCGCAAACCCCGCAUCGCCCAAAACCGAGCCAGCCAACGUGAACAAUCGAGACCGAGAUGACACGAGUCAGCGGAAAAGAUGGCCGACGUUCUUGUUGUGCGGGUUGUGUGGAGGAAGUUACGAAGGCCCAAAUUCUGCGCCCACUUGUACCCUUAAUGCUGAUCAAAGACGAGCGAACCAAGUUAAUCGGAAUAUUGAGAAGUCGUUACGCGAGGAGCGGGAACGCACAGCACGGGAUGUGAAGCUGCUUCUGUUAGGGGCUGGCGAGAGUGGAAAAAGCACGAUAGUGAAACAGAUGCAAAUCAUUCACAGGACUGGCUACAAUGAAGAGGACUGUCUGAAAUACAAGCCAGUGGUUUACAGCAACACCGUGCAAAGCAUGGUGACCAUCAUUCGUGCUAUGGGAAAACUGGACAUUCCGUUCAGUGGCGCAGACAAGGAGGAGGCUGCCAGACAGUUUUUCAGACUGGCACAGGAGCACGCGGAGAGAGAGUCGAGAGACUUGUCUGAACAGUUCUGGCACACGAUCCGGGAUCUCUGGCAGGACUCAGGUGUGCAGGAGUGCUACAAUCGGUCGAACGAGUACCAACUGAACGACUCGGCAGCUUACUACUUCGACUCGAUCGAGAGAAUAUCACACUUGGGCUACAUUCCAACAGAGCAGGACAUCCUCAGGACUCGCGUUCGCACAUCCGGAAUCGUCGAGAUCCAGUUCUCUUUCCGACGCCUCAACUUCCGCAUGUUCGACGUCGGCGGCCAGAGGAGUGAGCGCAAGAAGUGGAUCCACUGUUUCGAGGCUGUCACUGCUAUCAUCUUCUGUGUCGCUUUAUCAGCCUACGAUCAGGUACUAGCGGAGGAUGAGGAAACGAAUCGGAUGCAGGAGAGCAUGCAGCUGUUCGAGUCCAUCUGCAACAACAAGUGGUUCGUCACCACCUCCAUCAUCCUCUUUCUUAACAAGAUGGACUUGUUCGAAGCCAAGAUCGAACUUUCGCCUUUAACCAAAUGCUACCCGGAGUACAGGGGCGAGAACACAUUCAACGAGGCCGGCAGAUACAUCCAGAUCAAGUUCGAGAACCUGAACAAGCGCAAACAGACCAAGGAGAUCUACCCGCACUUCACGUGUGCCACCGACACCACCAACAUACAGUUCGUGUUCGAUGCAGUCACAGACGUCAUCGUCAAGAAGAAUCUACAGGAGUGCGGACUCUAUUAGCCUACACUACACUACCGCUACCCAGACCCCACAACCACUCAUAUGCAGACACCACAACCACUCAUAUGACUCCUCAUCAUGGUAUCUGGAAUCCCUUUUGGUUGGACACCCCACCACCGAAACCACGGCCGCCGUCGCCUCACCUCUCAACCAUGACGACAACAUGGGUCGUCGCUGCAUCUGUAGUCACCAUGAUGUGUGGUGUGUGCCCAUCUGAUAGAUAGGGACACGCAUGAACUUUCAAUCGAUCUAUCAGUACACUUUACCUGUCCUGUAGCAACUUGCUUCCAUCCCAACGUAAGCACCACCGACAAAUACUGAAGCGAAUCAAGUUUUAUAGUGUGCAUUAUCUCAUUUUCAGAUGAAAACAGAAACUCUGAAAGGCAGGAACACUUAAAAAGCCAAUAUGCUCUUCGUAUAAUUUAUAUAAGUACCUUUUUUCUGCUCUCAUAAAAAUGCGAAAUUUGUUCAAGUAAUCGUGGAACAAUUUCGGCACUCCUUGUGCUUGAAGGCGAAGCGAUUCUAUCAAUGUCCUAAAACUGAACUGGAGAUAUUAUUGUAAAUUUCCCAAAAAAAACAUUCAAAUUGAAGCACUAAUGCCAUCAUUGAAUCCUUGUUAUACAUUUUUAGAAGAUUCCGAGCUUUAGGUAAAAAAAAUUCUCUGAAAUCUUUCAUCUUUAUAAUCUAUUUGUUAAUGAAGAACUUUUAAAAUGUGCAAUAUUUUGCUGCAAUAAUAAAUGAUAUGCAAUUUAAAAUACUACAUUUAACAAAUCACUCAAAUCUAUUUUUGCAGGCUGAAUCUGUGCUAUUUUUCUAUUUCUGAAGUUGUGGUGUGUGUGUAAAUAUUAGAUGAAAUCCUGCCAAAGUUUUUAGUGCUAUAUUUUACUUUUCCAUUCAUUUAUACAUGCUAUUUCUAUUGUCCAUUAAAUUUUAAUAGACUUUGUGUUGUAACUUUCAUCCAAUUUGCAACAUUGUAAACAUAUUGUGUUACCUAAUACUUCACCUAGCAGAACCUUGUUUAUUAUUGAUAAUUAAUAAAUUACUUUUUGAGCAAGGUUUUGUCUUGGCAUGUUAGAUGUUAGCUACGUCAUUUAUCAUAUUUCGCAAAGUUCAGGCCGCAGCUGGUCGUGUUCGCUUACAUGUAAAUCAAUUCAUGUUUUCCAAUAAACGAGACUAGCUUCGGCCCAAACUUAUUGUUAAUUCGGAGUUAAAUCAUCAAAGCAAUGGUUUAUUCAGUAGCUGCCAUUUUCGAAUUUAGCAAUGAAAAUGUUUUCAAUUAAACUGAAUUUGACUCGUAAAUUAUGAAAUAGUUUAAAGUGACUCUACUUAAUAUUGAACUCUUCUGUCAUCAUUUUGUCC